AUGCUUUUCGCUACUAUCCUCGCCACAGCUGCUCUCGCCAUGGGUGUCGCUGCUGAACCCCAAGAUGACGAACUGCCCUUCAACAUCAUCGGGUCACGUAUCUGGAGUUCUCCCGAUUGCGGAAACAACGAGAACAUAGGGAACCUGGGCGAAUUGACCACACACCGCGACGAGCUUGGCGAAUGCUUCAAGUUCAGCGACAAGGUCAAAUCGGUUAGUCAAACUGAUCACGCCCGGGGCUGCAAGCUUCUGGUCUAUCAAGACAAGAACUGCAGGCAUGGUGUUAAGAGUCCUAAGGACUUUCAUUGCCUCAAGGCUCCGACCUAUUUCAAUAGCUACAAGACUGUUUGCAAGUAG